AUGGUUAUAAAAUUUCCUAAAGAUGAAUUACGUAAGGUCCAGUGGAAAAAAGCAUGUGGGCUAAAUUUGUGUUUAUCUUCAUACAGGGUAUGCUCUGAUCAUUUUUGGCCUGAAGAUUACGAGUUAAAUGGGCUUCUAAAGAAAGAUGCUGUUCCCUGUAAAGAAAAUAGAUUGAAUAAGAGCGAUACAAUAAUGACUCCAGAAGAAAAUAAACCUGAUGACUAUUUAACAAUAGAUCAGCCUCCUGUGUCUGAUAUCUGUGUCACUCCUAGAAAGCAUAAUUUGGAUGAUGUAGAUCAUUGUUCACCAUCUCAAUCAUCACCAAGUGUAAAGAGGUGUAGACGUUUAAAUCCAGACACCAUAGGAAUAUUGUCUCCUACUCAUUUUAGUACGCCAAAACGUACUAAACGGAAUAUACAAAUGGUAAAAGAUAAAUACAGACGAAAACAAAUUGAAAACCACAACCUUAAAAAGAAAGUACAAAGACUUAAUGCAAAACUCAAGACAUAUGAUGAAUUAAUUGAAAAAUUACAACAUAAAAACUUACUUUCUGAAAAUGCUUCUUCUCACCUUCAAGUAUUCUCUGUGCGUCAAAGAGGAGGAUUUAAUAAUAACCCCACAUGCAAACAAUUCAAAGCAGCUUAUAAAAAAAUAUUAAUUCACAAUGAAAUUUCUGGGUCACAAUAUGGAAACUGUAUUGCCAUUUUAGACGCUACACAAAUGUCUGUUGUAAAUGUAGGACCAGACAGUGUUAUAGACAAUGAAACAGAACAAGAACAACUCAGUACAAUAAUCCCAGACCAUGAUUAUUAUGAAGUGUUGCAAAAUAUUACACCAUAUGUUGAUGAUGUAACUUCAUAUAUUGCUGGCUUCAUAGUGAAACAAUUAAAAAAAAAAUAA